GAGUGUAUUACGGUAUUUCUGUUUGGGCGCAAUUGUAUGCGUGAGCAUUGUUGGAUUUUCGACAUCAAGUGAGUUUUGUAAAAUGAUUGAUAAUGAAACGUACGACUAAGUGACAUUUUAGCAAAUGAGAAUAUAAUCUCUGUGGAAGUCAAACGUGCAAAAUGAACCGUGGUAUGAACGGUAAAUGAUUUGGUGUUGCAAUUUGUUUAGCAACUGGAUUACAUACAGAGUGUACGAUGCAAUAAUAGAAAGAGACGCGCGAAUCAGACAGUUUUUCUAUUUUGAUUUGUCGUCAAAAAACCGAAUAUUCUAAAUUGAUGUGUGGUCUUUCGAAGGAAAAUCAGCAAAAUGUCAAACAGAAUCUUGCCAUCAUCGGAUUUUUCACGCAGAAGCUUGAACGAAAUUGUCGACAUUUGGUCAGAAGCGUAUGAGGAGCGUGGAGAAAACAUUGCUGCAAUUGGUGUCAUACAGUUGAUGUUGGAUCGAUUGCGGCUUUCGUUGGUCAAUAACAAUGCGAACGAAAAUAAUUUCUUGAUCUCCGAGAGCAUCGAUCUGCGCACAUUGAACAUGGACAAUUUCAUAUCGGGCCUAACAACAUCGCAGGCGAAUCAAUUCAAUCGGGCAGAACAGAUAGCCGACGAUCAACUAUUUGCUGAAUUGAUUGUGAAAUUGCUUGGAAAUUCAGAGGAAUUUCAAUGGAUCACACACGUUCAACGGUUCAUUUGUGCGUUGCUGAAAAGCCCGAAAGCAUCAUACUUGGUUGCAAAAACGACAGUGUUUCUCUACAUCGAGGCAGUUGCCAAGCAAAAUAGUACACAUCUGAAUGAAGAUUUCAGAGAUCAAAUGCGACAAACAAGCGAAUAUCUGUCUUUGUUCAUUGCCGAAAAUGAGCCAACAGAUUACAUCGUAUCAAUCAUAUGCGACACAUUCUUCGACAAGAUUUCCAGAGAUAGUUCGGAGAUAGUUCGAAGCGAUGCCAUAGGCUGCGAACGGUUCAUUGUGAAAUUCUUGUCGAAUACCGAUGUUGACAUCAAAAUCAAAGCCAUGAUGCACAUCAUCCGAUGUGGCGGAAUUCGGGUACAUGGCAGACGCAUACUGCGUUUCUGUUCAAGAGCAGCAAUUUUACGAGAAAUAACCACAAUUAUCACAAGGGUUAACGGCAUCAAACUUCGAUCAGCGGCCCUCGAUUUGGCCUAUCACAUUGAAAUAGCUGUUCGAGAUCGAACUGUGUUCCCUGAAUCGGUAUAUCAGGAUUGUGUUCUAAGCGAUAACGAGGAUCUGCAACGGAAAGUGGCUGAUCUAUGCCGAGCUAUGCUACGUGGUGGUGAUACAGGUGUAGCUGAUCCAGCCGAUGUGGUGAUUCGCGCAACGAUGUACCAUCAACAGUUUCGGAAAAAUUACACGACUUGUCCGAUGCGUGUGACAAAAACGUUCUUCGCGGAAUUCACCAACUGGGACGCGGUCUUUGAAGCGGUCGAAUUGCGUUUGCAUGACGUUGACUUCAUUGACGAAAUCUUUGCUCUGUUGAAACGUGUAAUCGACCAUAUCAAGAAGAAUCAGGUUGAUGUCGACGAUUCCCUACGGUCAUUUUCACACAAAGCCAUUCGGUUUGCGCAGCAGCUCGAUCGACAACAUGUGACCGUUUACAGCAACAUCGUUUUUUCACUGCUACACGCAGACAGAUGGUUGGAGCUCAUUGAUGAUAGACAUCGUGAUGUUCUAACGGGUUUCUUAUCAGAAAUUGCCACAGGUUACUUUCGUGACUCAUUUACUCAACAACUGAAUGCAAUUUACAUGGUCAAGGUCGUGCUUCCGAUUCGGAUUUGGCAGCCACGAUUCGAGCAAUGCUUGAAUGAAUUCAAUGCAUUUCAACAUCAGGCCAACAUCGAUUUUGAUACCAACGCCAAUGUGAUGGAAACAUUCAUGAAGCUUGGUGUCUUCGCUUGGUGCAAAAUGAUUCCAAGCAACACGACAUUGCUGUGCAACGAAACGAAUGGAAUAGUCAUGGCAGAUCCGUUGGAUUUGACGAAAAAUCGAACAUUUUUGGCUUACAACCUCAUAAUUUUGACCCAAAGUUUGAUCAAAGUUCACGAAGGUGCAGUUGGAGUACGAGAGUCAAUUCAAGGCGUUUCUCGCACUCUGAUCUCAAAACGUUUUCUCGAAAUAUUGCAAAAAACGGAAGAUGACAUCGAUUUUCUAUGUGUUUCGGUCUUUUGGUGUCUCAGUAAGAUGGAGAUGAAAUUCAAAAGCAUUUCACAACAAAAGGUCAACAUCCAAAUUUUGGCGAAAUAUUUGCUCAAGAAAAUCAGUUUGGUCACGAUCGAUACGGCGCAUGGCGUAAAUCACAUUCAAUUGCAAUAUAUCGUAUUCAUGUUGGAUCAAAUCAAGCAGCUGUUAUCGGCAAAUGUGGCCAUCAACAUCUGUGAUAUAGUGGUUGGUCUCAGCAAGAGAUUUCCCGACUCCGAUCAUGCCUCGAACUUGUUGCAUUUCUGCAUUGGUAUACAGCGCGAAGAUAUGUUCAUCGAUUGUGCAUUCGGUGUACUCAAUGAGCUUCCGAAUAAGAAGUUCAAAAAGGAUUUCAUGAAAAUCAUCGAAAACAUAGUGAAUCCACUGCCAAAUAAGAGUCGCAUUUGGAGCCGAAUUCUAAGGACAUCGCUGAAUAGUUUUGGAAAAAGGGCUCAGGAUUCACUUGACGAACAAUCGGCCAAGAGAGCGAAGCAAACUGGACAAGUGAUCUUCAAUAGCACAAUGAAGAAUUGGUCAUCAUCGAGCGACAGUCCAGCAACUAGCCGCCGGUUCGAUGCGAAAAACAGUACACCGUUAGAACUGAACAACAAUCAAAUCGCCAAUUGACUCAAAAUUGAAUGAUAGAUAUAUGCGAUAUUUGCAAUGCAAAUUGCCUCUCGAAUCGAUUGGAAUCGAUAUUCAAUUGAGAAUCGAAAUUUCAACUUGAAAACCUAGCUUAAAACACGUUUUCAUUGUGUUGAAUUAACAUUUAAUUUGUAAUAUUUCAAAGAAAUAUAUUCUUGAGCAACGUGAAAA